GAUUCCCUCCUUAUCUGGUUUCUUGGUUUCUUUCUGAAUCAUCUUCCACAGAAAAUUGUGAUCUUCGAAUCUGUUGCCUUUAGGUGAAACUGUUCUGAAUGCAAAAGCACAAAUCAUCUGAAGUUGUAAGGAUUUAAAGUUUUGAUUCAGGAGUGAAUCUUGAGCCAAUGAGAGGCAAAUCUGGAUUUGAUUGUGUAAAGAGUUGAUGGGAAAUCGUUGUGCAAGAACUUCUUGUUGUAGAAAGAUAUGGCCAUGUAUAUGCUGCUGCAGCAACAACAACAAGGCUCAAACCCGAAGCCAACACGGGUCCAAAGGAAAGGUCCAUCCGGUAAGCAGAAUCGAGAAAUGGGAAGAAAAGAUCACAGAAGCUAACAACAAUGGCAAGAUUCUGGUGGUGAAUUUCAGCGCGCCGUGGUGUGUACCUUGUAAAAAGAUAGAACCAGUAUUCAGGGAGCUUGCUUCUAGAUACCCUUCAAUGAUAUUUGUAACUGUUGAUGUCGAAGAGCUCGCUGAGUUUAGUAAUGAAUGGAAUGUGGAAGCUACACCAACUGUAGUGUUCCUUAAAGAUGGGAGACAAAUGGAUAAACUUGUUGGUGCUGAAACCUCAGAGCUGCAAAAGAAGACAGCUGCAGCUGCUGAUCUCUUUCUCAAAAAACCAUAAACUCUAAACACACAACAGAACAGAAGUUAGGUUUUCCAUUGUCUAUCAAAACCAGAAGUUACUUGCGGUCGAAACAAUAUCUUGUCUUUGGCUGACAAAAACACAAAACAUGAUGAUGAAGAAGAGUUUGGUGAUCGAUGGUUUAUUAGCAGCCAUUCUUCUUUAGAUAUUGUGCAGAUGCAUUGUUUGUUAUCAAAAAUGGUUCUGAUAUUUUCAGCAGUAAACGACUUGCUUCUUCUGCAUAUUUGUCUAAUUAAUUAUUUUACUUUCUAUAUUAUUAUGUUCUUCUAUUUGAAAACCUGAAUAAACCUGUCAAACACGGUAUAGAAGAAAGUUUAACGUAU